AUGGUGCAAGCUAUCUUGGGCGUAGCAACCGCCAUUUCUGGCGCGGCGGCGUUCCCCAUGUACCUUAUCCCCAAUUCAAUGCUCAAGGCAUCAUUCGAUAAUAAGGAUUGCAUCUUUCCCAAAGGUUUCGUCAUUCAGGGGUUCCAGAUCUGGUCACCUACCAAGGCAAACAAUCACACGACGACCGUCAUCGACUUCCACUACUCGGACUAUAGUACCAAGAUCGAGACUGGGUGCCACUACAACUCGACCUCGGUAAAUGUUGGCCCGGAAGGACUAGUCGCUAGAUAUGCCUGCAACAACGCCAUCGUGCAGUUCAUUUGGCAGAAUGGCACGCUUACCUUGAUUGAACGAGCGUGUCCGGAGCUCGACCUAUCUCGUCCCUUCGAGGCUGCAGGCUCCGUCCGCCCCGAGCUAACCUGCGUGGAUGCUGAGCCGAGCAGCGAGAGGGGAGAGGGGAAGAGUUGCUUCCCAACGGAGGGAAGAAUGAUAGCUGCCAACUUCACCAGCCUUCAGCCUACACCAAGAUAA